ACAGAACAAUUGCGUUCAAGAAGUGCGCGCACGAUCAUCCAGGCGCGUCCACAAUGACUGUGACACUGCGUGUUGUUUUCCAACUUCCGCCCAAGUUUGCGAUACCUGUAAUAUUACGCGAGAGCAAAAGUGGGGGAAGGUACCACCUUCUUGGUGCCGUCUCUUAUUGCAUGUAUUCGCAAACUUUCAAAACCACACAGUGUCACAGCCAUUGGCAUUGUAGACGCGCCCUAUAUUCAUAUACCUAUAUGUAUACUUCAGCCAGUGCAGUACCAAUUCUUGCGUGCACAUGGCAAUAUACCUCUCGGUCGUGACGUCAUCAACAUGGACGCCUAGGCCAUGAAAAAUACAUUAGUAGUAUACAAAGCAAAGUAGUUUUUACUAAUUUUUGACAGAAAAAUAACGUGACAGCUCUUAAAUUUUAUAUAUGUGAUAACGCAUAUAAUUUACUAUAAGAUGAUGGUACUUUUCCCUCCCUGACAUUGUUAAUAUGUUUUAUUUAGGAUGAUCAAAGCAUUGUAUAGGUUAUAGAGCAACAUGGAAUGUAAUAACCAAAAAGAGGCAGGCAUGCAAUUUUCACCAAAAAAAAUCAGUAGUAGAACAUAUUGUUGUGUCUCUGUUUGCACUAGUAAUGCUAUAAAAAAUCCUGUGUUAUGUUUUCAUCGUUUUCCAAAGGCUGGCCAGUACUGUAAAAUUUAUUACUAAAUUCAACACGGAGGAAUCAGUAGAUAGAAGAUGGGCAUGGAAAAAAGUUCUAAAACUAAAGGAAAUCGGUUCCAGAAGUCAAGUCUGUUCAAUGCAUUUCACAAAAAAUGAUUAUGCAAUGCCAGAUUAUCCAUCAGAGUAUAGAAAAUUGAAAAAAUCUACAGUACCGUCACUUAACUUACCAAUAAGUGAAUCAGUUACUGAGUCAACACUCAGAAAAACCAUUAAUGACCAAGAAAGAAGUGUUCGUUUAAUUAAUAGAUGUAAUAAGAAAAAAAUUGAUCAAGAAAAGUUUGUUAAUAAUACUGUACCUGUUAAGAAUUCAUCAAUUGAAGUGCCAAAUGGUGUACCAGGAGAUGUGCCUGCAGAAAACGUACCUGUAGAAGCACCUGCUGAAGAUGUGCCAGUCGUAGAUAUACCUGUAGAAAACGUCGCUGUAAAAGCAACUGUUGAAGCUGUACCUACAAAAGAGCCUGAAAGUAAUUCAAGACAAGACAGUGAAAUUGAAGUGCAAUGUGAUGUUUAUAAAAAAUUUGUUAAUACCGAAAAAGACUUAAAUAUUUUAACUGGGCUACCAAGUUUCGAUCUUUUAAAUUUGUUCGAAGAUGUUGUCCAAAUUGUGAGUCCAAAAGCCGCAAAGUGCUAUUUUAAGUCAAAGUUAUCUAUAAAAGAUAGAAUUGUAUUGACUUUAACAAAAUUAAAGCAAAAUAUUAGUUAUAGCAGGUUAUGUGUAAUGUUCCGUAUAAGUAGUGAAGAAAACUGCAGAAAAAUUUUUCUUAGGAUGAUCAGUAUUUUAAGUGUAGGUUUGAAAUAUGCUAUUCAUUAGCUGAGCAAAGAAGUUUUAAAAAAUAUUCCUACAUGUUUUAAUAAUUUUGUAAAUGUUAGAGCUGUGAUAGAUGUAAUUGAAAUGAAGAUACAAAGGCCAAAAAAUUUGUGCUGUCAACGUAUUCUUCAUACAAAAGUGAUAAUACUGUUAGAUUUAUGACAGCAGUAUCACCAGGAGGUCUGAUCACAUUUAUUAGCAAGGCAUUCUCAGGAAGAAGUUCCGAUAAGGCGAUUUUUUAUAAGAGUAAUUUUAUUAAAUUAUUCGAACCUGGAGAUGGUUUAAUGACAGAUAAAGGUUUUUUGAUUGAUGAUGCUUGUCGAGAACACAAUGUGCAGUUAAUAAGACCACCUUUUUUAACAAAUAAAAUUCAAUUUUCAAAAGAAGAAGCUCUAUUGAACGCGAAGAUUGCUAAAGCUCGAGUACACAUAGAGAGAUCUAAUCAAAGAUUAAAAAUUUUUCCUAUAUUGUCUAAUAUUCCUAUAUUGUCCUAUAUUGAAAGAUGACAAAUUUAAUAAAUAAUUAUAUUCAUAAGUUUUAUAUUUAAUAAUAAAAUGUUUUAUUGUUUCAAA